UUUAACAGAAAGGAAAACACAGCACCGGUUUAAGAGCUCUCUCUUAUCGUUCUCUCCAACCUCUCACACACACAAAAAUAUUUACUUGGAAGACUAUAUUGAGCUUCGUUCCAUUAGCCACUGAUCAAUGUAACCAUUUCUCUUCUUCCUGCCCUUCAAUUUCAACCAUUUCUUGAUUUUAGAUAAUUGCUUGUGGACUGUGGUCUUGUUUUUCUUUCUUUGGGAUCUUUGAUUGUAACCAGAGCUGAUCAAGAGCUUCGUAUGUGGAGAGCUGUAAAUGUUUUGUUUUAAGAUCGAAACUUUUCAAGAUUUCAAGAAUUUUUUUAUUUAUACUAAAAUGGUAUUAAUUUCCAGUAGUUGCAUGGUGAGAUCUGAACCAAACCAUGGAAACUUAGGGUGAAAUUUGAUGAUACACACAUUGAUCACUAAGCAUAUAUAAACAUUUUAUGUUGUUAAUUAGUCUGUCAGAUUUAUGUCUCUAAUCAAGUCCGAUGUCUAUUUUUGAUUCCAGAAGAUAUUUGUUAAGUACAAAUGUCUGACCAUGUUAUGGGAAAGAGUUGUAUUGCUGGUUAUGAAUCUGUCUGGUUGAGUCGUUGGAUUCGGAGAGGUAGCGCAUGCGAGUUAAAGGCUCAUAGUAACCGCGAUGCCAAGCGUUAUAUGAAGAGACACUUGCCAAAAGAUGAUGGCCAGCUAUGGAAGGCGGAAUCAACAGGUUUCAUGAAACUUAAGGCGAAAACGUUGAAUAGGUCCCUUGAUCUAUUUCCUAAUCUUGAUUUCCGCUCAAAGGAUAAAGAAUCAUCUACUCAGACUGAUACUUUGCAGACAGAUAGAUUGCCUCUAGCUGGCUCCAUUUCAUCAAAGGCCUUGAGAAUUGGGCAGGGGGAAGAAAGGGUCGAGAUAGUACCUGACAUGAACAAAGAACGUCUUAUUGUUGCGGAUGGGGAAGUAGCAGAAACAAGCAUUUCAGCUACUCAAAGAAUGAAUGUUGAACACUUUGUCAACAACGCCAAUUUGAAUAAAGAGUGCAAGCGUUUACGUUUGAGCCCUGACACCAACUGUGGAUCACAUGUCAAACGUGUGAAGACAAACGCCUCGGAUUACAGCGGGAAUGAAACCAAGAGCAUGAUGGUUGUAGAAGAAGGACCAUCAGUGGAGAAGACGAACUACUUCUUUCGCAGAAUCUUUAAACACGGAUCAGGAAGAAAUCAAGAAUCUUCAGAAUCACGUAUCAGGAAUAUGAAUAUGGGAGGAGGAAGAGAAGACGUGACGCCUCUACAUCCAUGGAUUCAGAGAUGGUGUAAGAAAAAAUCUACAGUGACUCAUGAGAGUAGAGGAGGGCAACAAGUUAACCCAAAGAGCUUUGCGAUACAGAAGCAGUUUCCAAGAAUUGCAGCAAUGGCAUUGAUGGGGAAGGCUCUGAGAAGGUUUAAACCCGACCCAAGUGGUCUUAGAAAACCCAACUCCCUGUCAUACUAAUCUCGCUGGUGUCAGAAACACAAGACAAAACUUGAAUCUACUUCAAAUAAACUCGGCAAGUGUGUCUGAAAACGUUACUUCUGUAACACGUAAUAGUAAACUUCUAUAAUCUUGCUUCAUUAAAAUUCCUUUUCUCCAUAUUCUCACAGG